GCAACAAGUUUCGCGCUCUCCCUUUUGCACCGAGAUAUUUGGUUCAAAAGUGAUUUGUGCAUCUGUAGAGGUAGUGGGCGGGACUGUUUAGAGAUUACAGAAUUUCAGCCAAUCAGAAGAGCUUACUGAGCCGGUAGAUAUACGCCCCAAGCAGUUUUACGCCCCUGUUGUUCCUCAUGCGUCCAGUAGGGGGAGGCAGUAUAUUAGUAUAUGAGCCCAGUCAUUUAUAAGAACAGCAGACCAUAUCUAUAUGUAUGAUAGCAGCAGACCUUCUUGAAGCGAUACGGAUGAGUGUUCCAUCAAUAUUGUUCAUUGAAGAUCAGGAGCGAAUUGAUGUUAUCUACACUCAGAUGACUUCAAUUUUGGAUGGCACACCUACACACACCCACAGUGACCAGAUCAGAUUCAUUAUGGAUGUCCCUUUUCCAGAGUCCAUCAUCUGUGCUCUUGCUGUUGUGAAAGAUGUGUCCAUCUUUGAGGCUGAGGAGAAAUUCCUUCGAGGACCUGUCAUUGACGCAAGUGAGUGGGAUCACUUUGACAGCAGGAUAAAGAAACAAUUAAAGAAGAGUGGCAAGCCAUUGGAGAGUCAUCUACAGGAGUCAUGCUGUUAAGAAAUAACCAAGUCAUGGUGUUAAUAAUUUUUUUUUGUGAACAACAAUAUUGUCUUUCUUUUAAAUGACCCUUGGAACUUUAGAAAAUUGUUAAAUUUUGUUGGUCUUCAUAAAAUGCUAUGUAGAACAUGUUCUGUUGCUGUAUAACGAGCAAUUGUGAAUUGUAAAGCAAAUAUUUCAUUUAGGAUCCAUAUGAUUACACAGUACUGUAUGUCUAAUGGCCUGAAUAUGGUUAAUAUCUAAAUAUAACUUAAUAUAAAUUCACAACAUCAUAUAUCAGUCAAUCUCUGUAUAUAAAAACAGUUUAUAAAUAUAUAUAAAUAAUACAUUUUACAGUAGGUCAUAGGUCUGCAGCCUCCCCCUACUGGACGCAUGAGGAACAACAGGGGCGUAAAACUGCUUGGGGCGUAUAUCUACCGGCUCAGUAAGCUCUUCUGAUUGGCUGAAAUUCUCUAAUCUCUAAACAGUCCCGCCCACUACCUCUACAGAUGCACAAAUCACUUUUGAACCAAAUAUCUCGGUGCAAAAGGGAGAGCGCGAAACUUGUCGCUUGAAAGCGAAAAAACAGUGUUUGAGCUUCAUCGCAGCAGAUUCAAGAAGCUGUAGUUAUGUACUUUGUGUUUGUGGUAGAAAAAUAUACAAGACAUUCUGAGAAAAUAUUCUACAAGUGUGCAACUCUCAUUUGAUGAAUUCACAUACUGAUUUGCGGAUGUUCAACAUUUCUCCACGACUGCACAUUUCUUGAUGCGGGUGUGUAAAUGCGUUUUGCACCACAUUCACUGCAGCAAUUGUUUCAAAAAUGUGAGCGUACGAGUUUCUAAAUGUGUGAUUUGUAGAAUAGGAUUUGUGCACCUGCAAUGAAGAAUUUGAGAAGGUGUAACUGUUGUGUUGUGUUUGUGGGAGAGAAAAAAAGGCUACAGGUUUGCAACUCUUAAAACAUUUCACUCUGUGACUUCAAAUUUACUGAUACACAUGUGUGGCUUUUCUCUACAACUACAAAUCGCACUGCCACAGGUGCUCAGUUAAUUUGAAUCAAAAAUACCUU